AUGCUGAUUUUGAAGUUUCUCCUGAUGACCGCAAGUCUACUACUGGUUAUUGCAUCUCUGUUGGUGAUAACCUUGUCACAUGGUGAAGUAAAAAAGCAAGUCGUGGUUGCCCAUUUAAGUGCUGAAGCAGAGUUCCGUACUAUGGCUCAUGGCAUUUGUGAGCUCCUAUGGCUUUAUGGUCUUCUCACAGAUUUGUUCAUUCUUGCUUUGAACAGUGUUGAGAAAGGGAAUCUUGGGGUGCCUCAGUUACCAGGACAAGGUUGUUCUUUUCAUAGCUUCCGUUCAAACACAUACAAACUAAGUUUUAUGGAGAGUCCCUCUGGGAUAAAGAUAAUAUUGGUUACUCACCCCAAGACUGGUGAUCUACGGGAAUCGUUGAAGUACAUCUACAACUUGUAUGUGGAAUAUGUUACUAAGAAUCCACUCUAUACUCCAGCAACUCCAAUUAGAUGCGAGUUAUUCAACGCGUCUCUUGAUCAAUAUGUGAAGAACCUAUGAUGUAAUGAGAAUGUGGAGAUUGGAUCAAGACAAAAGAAACCAGCAACAUAACUUGCUUUAGUUGAUGGAUGGGGAGAAGCUUAAGGUGUCCUGUAACCAAUUAUAUAGUCUGUUGAUUUCUUAAGGCAACUGGGACUGACACCCUAGUGCAACUCUUAUCCAUUCAAUAUUUUGUUCUUGUGAAAUGUAUUGUUCUUUAUUAGCUUCUCUUUUUUUUUUUUUUUCUUCAAACAAUCAGUUACCAUCUGUUGAGAAUGUUAAGGAUGUCUAAUCAUAUCUAUUGGUGGCUGAAAUGUGGGAGUUUAAAUACCAAACUAUUGGAUUUUGUGUAUGUUAUCCCUAUAUGUUUAAUAUGUGUGUCUUUGCUGUA